AUGGCAGAGCCCCCCGGAGAGCAGCCUACCCCCGAGAGUGGGGAGAACCCGGAGCAGCCCAGCCAGGGGCCCCCCAGGCAGCCCAGCCAGAUCACUCCCGGUGGCCAGGAUCCAGGGGCAGGCCAACAUGAACCCCAGGGAGGAGGCCUGCCCCCUGAACAACCCAGCCACCUUCCCUAUCCAGGCCAGCCGCCAGACCAGCCGUCCCGUGACAAAUUCUACCAGCCCGAGCAGCCCAAGUUGAACGUCUACGAUCAGCUGGAGGGAAGAGGGGCCUCGUAUCAACCCCAGCAGGCCCGAGGCGGCCUUUUCCAAGCGAGGGAUGGCCCCCAGGACCCGAAGGCAGUCGGCGUUUCUUGGCAACCACCCACGGGAAGGGGGAGCUUUCAUCAACACCAAGCAGGAGGUGGAUUUCAGCCGCCAGAUCCAAUGCCACCCGUGGUGUCAAAAAGCAGCCUGCACACCAGAAGCAGCCAUGUUCUGCAACCUGAAACGGGAGGACACGGCCCGUAUCAAACCCACGAACCUGGAUACGGCCUUUAUCAGAUGGGGGUCAACUUGUACGAAGAUCAAAUCCCAGAUCCGGGACCCAGGGCAUUGGCAAUGAAGAACGCAAAAGCCUACCUGUUGAAAACCAGCAUCAAAACUGGUGUGAGCUUGUAUGAUCAUCUUGCUGAAAUGUUGUCUAAGAUUCUGGAUGAGCGACCUAAAAAUCCAGCUGAUAUAAUUGAGAACAUCAGUAAGGAUGUGAAGUGUGCUCGGUUCCAGAAGAAACUGGACACUCUCCGGGAUGAAUAUGAAAAACAUCCAACAUUUGAGCUGGCUGAAAUGUACAAGACACUGUUCCAGAAGGGUGGCGGAGAGGGAACAGACCAAGAACUAGAAGAGGAAAUGCCAGACACUCCUCUACCCAACGUAAUGGAGACAGCCUUUUAUUUUGAACAGGCUGGAAUUGGUCUGAGCUUGGAAGAAUACUACCACAUAUUCCUUGCCCUCAAACAGCUGGUCACCACACAUCCAAUCCAGACCUGUCGCUUCUGGGGCAAAAUCCUCGGCAUUGAGGCCAACUAUAUUGUAGCCGAAGUCGAGUUCCGUGAAGGAGAGGAGGAAGAAGAGGCAGAGGAGGAAGAAAUGCUCGAGGAGGGAUUAAAAGAAGGGAGCGAAAUGCGGGAGGAUGAAGAAGAUGAGGAUGAAGAAAAAGACGAGCCGCCAAAGCCCAACUACAAGCCGCCACCGGUAAUACCGAAAGAAGGAAACCGGAGCGGCACCAAUAAAUUCACCUAUUUUGUUUGCAAUGAACCAGGCAAACCCUGGGUGAAAUUACCCCCAGUGACCCCUGCGCAGAUAGUGAAUGCCAGGAAAAUCAAGAAGUUCUUCAUCGGAAGACUGGAUGCGGCCAUCGUGAGCUACCCGCCUUUUCCAGGCACGGAGGCCAAUUACCUGCGGGCACAGAUCGCCCGCAUUUCAGGAGCAACCCAGAUCAGUCCUCUGGGGUUUUAUCAAUUUGGGGAAGAAGAAGGAGAUGAGGAGGAGGAGGGAGGAGCUGGAAGAGAGUCAUAUGAAGAAAAUCCUGAUUUUGAACCGAUUUCCGUGCUAGAGAUGGUGGAGUCUCUUUCCAACUGGGUGCACCAUGUGCAGAAUAUUCUGAUGCAGGGACGCUGUACCUGGAUUAAUCCCUCUCAAAAAUCGGAGGAGGAGGAAGAAGAGGAUGAGGAAGAGGAGAAACCUGAUGAGGCAGAGGAGUCACAAGAAGUAGGACCCCCACUUCUCACACCACUCUCUGAAGAUGCAGACAUUCAGAACAUCCCUCCUUGGUCAGCUGAGAUAUCAACAAACUUAAUUCCUCAAUAUGCCCUUGCAGUUCUUCUAGCCAACUUGUGGCCUGGGGCAUACUCCUUUGCUGUUGGAAGGAGAUUUGAUAAUAUUUACAUUGGCUGGGGCCACAAAUAUAGUUCAGAGAAUUUUAGCCCUUCAUUGCCACCACCAGUGCAGACUGAGUACGUUAGUGGACCAGAAAUCACAGAAGCUAUCGAUCCAACUGUGGAAGAAGAACUUGCACUCAAGGCUGCACAAGAGGAGGCCCUGGCAGCUGAAGAGAUGGAAGAGAUGGAAGAGGAAGAGGAUGAAGAUGAGGAUGAUUAAACUCCUAAGUAGUAGUAGUAGUAUUUUUCUAAGACUGUACAAAAAUUUUCUACAAAUGCAUUAGAGUAAGCAUAGUGUGUGUGU